AUGACUGCGCCCGCUUUUCCCCCCUUCGAUUUCGGACGCUACGUAUGGCGGGCCUCACCCGACGACGCUUCAUACUGGAAGCGUGAGGCCGGCGGUGGCGAGUACAUCGAGGAUGUGUUCCACAACAUCAAUCACGGAGAGCAAUUCCUCUUCCUCGCACUGAAGGCUACGCUGUCUAAGCCUGUGCCCACCACUGAGCUCGUUGCCCGUGCCCGCGACGCCUGGUCGGCGGUUCGCUUCAGCACGCCCAUCAUUGCUGUCCACAGCGAACACGACGCUGCAGGCACGUCCUUGAUCACGUAUCGCACGGCCAAGGACACCACUGAAGUGCACGACUGGGCUGAGCGCACUGUCCGUCUCGUCGAGGGAAUGCCAGACCUUGAUGAACUGCGUUUCGAGCUGGGAAAGAAGGCCAUCCCGGAGACGAAUGGCGACCAGACGUUCCUCUACAUUGUCGCCCGCUCUGACACUUCAUACGACUUCGUCUUCUACACAUCGCAUGUCCCUUUCGACGGAGCUGGGAUCAAGAUCGUGUUGACCCUGGUCCUCACCAAACUCGCGCUCUAUUUGAGCGAUCCCGCCCUCGCACAGGAAAAGUUCGAAUGGGGAACAGAGUCGAAGAAUCUCUUGCCGUGCAUCUCAGAGGUCUUGGGUCCGACCGAGGAAAGGUCUGGGGAGACCUAUACGCGCUGUUUGAGCAAUAUGCUUGGCGAUCUUGGCAGUGCCAUGCCUCGCCAGUACGGCUUCAAGGCACGCAACAUCGGGCCCGGGCCGACGCGCCGGAUCCCAUUCACUUUCUCCGCUGAGGAGAGCAAGAAGCUGUUGGAUGCCGCGAAAGCUCGCGGAUUCACGUUCAACCAUGUCGCUCACGCUGCAGUAACCCUGGUGUGCGCCCUCGAUAACCCCCCGAUUGCGUCUACCUCUGCGGACGCCACGUUCGUGUUCUACGGACUCGUAGACGGCCGUGCGCGCCUCGCUGCACCGUACUCCGGGAAGCUUGGCUACCCAGGCUACGCACUCGGCAUGACCGCGAUCCAGGUGCCCGUCUCUGCUGCAGUUCCUGCCGCGAGCGAGAACAACAGGGAUGUACUUUUGCGUCUAUCGGGGAUCGUCAAGGACGAGUACGCGAAGCAGCGCGCGUACGAAUCCCUGAUGGCUAUCGCCUGCCAGGAGAUUGACCUUAUGAUGAGCGGAAUGAAGGCGAGCGGAGCUCCGCCGCAGCCGUGGAUGGGCCCGUGGUAUGCUGGCGAUGGCGUCGGAGAGACCUACCUGCAGCCGGAGUACAGCGAUGCUAAGGGCACGAACGUCAUAAAGAUCGACGAUUUCUUCGUGUCCCUGAACAAGACCGAUCCCGGCCCGUUCUUCCGGUCGUUCUCCUGGGGCGGCAAGAUCACGGUGAGCGCUGAUGCAAACAUCCAUGCCAUGCCAGUGGGUGAUGUGGAAGGCUUUGUGAAGAAGUGGGUGGAGCUGCUUCGCUUGUUGCUCUGA